AUGGCGCGUAAUGCAGAGAGAGCUAACGCAGUAUUAAACAAAUGGCUGGCAGUGAAGAACGCUGUGCUCAAAGGAGGGCAGCAAAAAACAGCGUUAGGCCCCUGCAUCCCUGAAGAAUGCGAUGAUAUCGAAAGAGCUACACAAUGGAGGGCUCAGUUGGUGAGGGAGAUAGGCCGGGGUAUAUCUUUGAUACAAGAUGCCUCCUUAGGCGAACAUCGGAUCAGAGACAUCAACGACGAAAUUAACAAAAAAAUGCGAAUUAAAAGAAGAUGGGAAUACAGAAUCAAAGAGCUAGGAGGCCCUGACUAUUCUACUGCUUCGGAUGCCCUCUCGCUUAGCGGCAUUUCUGUUGCAGGAGGCGACUAUUACUACUUUGGAGCAGCAAAAGAACUGCCUGGUGUACGUGAAUUGUUUGCUGGGCGUGCUGAGGAGAUCAACGAACCAAGAAAAACUCGAGCACAACUUUUUCAGAGAAUUACCCCUGACUACUUUGGCUGGAGAGAUGAGGAAAACGAAGAUUUGCUGCUAGCGGAGCAGCAGCAGGAGCAGCUUUGGCAGCAGCAGCAAGAGGAGGAGCUGCAGCAGCAGCAGGAGCUGCUAGAAAGUGUUGGUGCUGCUUCAGCAGCAGCUGCUGCUAAGGGCAUGGCUGCUGCUGCAGAGCGAGACAAACUCAGACGCAAACACAAACAAGACGGAGAGGUACGCCCAAACACUGCAGCAGCAGUUGCUGCAGCAACUGAAUCAACAGCAGCAGCAUCAGCAGCUGCAGCGCCAACUGCUACAGCAGCAGCAGAACCAGCUGCAGCAGCAGAACCAGCUCCAGCAGCAGUUGCUGCUGCUGUUGCUUCUCUUUUGUAG